CGCCCAGCUGUCUGAGUAUAGCCUAUUCUCAAUUGCUGCACUUCCCACAUAAGCAGCUACCCUUCCUGCAGACUGCAUCCAACCCUCUUCCCAGUCUCGACUGUUUCACUUUUGCCUACACUGGAGUUAAGGGCUACCACUAAACUACUCGGCAUACCAACAGCGAAGUAUCUACUCAGCUGUACCUGUGUCGACUCUCGUCUUGUGGAAAUACUAUGGCAAGCAAUUUCGCCCGGAUUUUGUCCACCAAAAGAAAUGUGGGCAUCCUAUCAUUAGUUGGAGCUGGGUCACUAACAGCGGGGAUUUUUCUGAGCAGGGAGCAACAUGUAAACGCCGGCUCACAGGUCCGGAGACUGUACCCAGCCAGUGCAGAAUAUCCAGAUCUUCGGAAACACAACAAUUGCAUGGCCAGUCAUCUGACUCCUGCUGUCUAUGCAAAGCUGUGUGAAAAAGCCACUCCGAAUGGAUUCACCCUGGAUAAUGCCAUCCAGACUGGCGUGGACAAUCCUGGGCACCCUUUCAUCAAGACCGUGGGCAUGGUGGCCGGGGACGAAGAGUCAUACGAGGUGUUCGCAGAUCUCUUUGAUCCCGUCAUUAGGGAGAGACACAACGGGUACGACACCAGGACGAUGACCCAUCCCACUGAUCUGGAUUCCAGCAAGAUUCGGUCGGGGAUUUUUGAGGAGCGCUACGUGCUCUCCUCACGGGUGCGGACAGGACGGAGCAUCCGCGGACUCAGCCUGCCACCGGCGUGCACUCGUGCGGAGAGGCGAGAGGUCGAACGGGUGGUGGUGGACGCUCUGGCGGGCCUGAAGGGGGAUCUGUCCGGCCGCUACUACGGUCUUGGGCAGAUGACCGAUCAGGAGCAGCAGCAGCUGAUUGAUGAUCACUUCCUGUUCGAUAAGCCCGUGUCGCCACUGCUGACCUGUGCAGGGAUGGCCCGUGAUUGGCCGGAUGCAAGAGGGAUCUGGCACAACAAUGAGAAGACCUUUCUGGUGUGGGUCAAUGAGGAGGACCACACUCGUGUCAUCUCCAUGGAGAAGGGUGGGAACAUGAAGAGGGUCUUUGAGCGCUUCUGUAGGGGCCUGAAAGAGGUGGAGAGGCUGAUCAUGGAGAAGGGCUGGGAGUUCAUGUGGAACGAGCGCAUGGGCUACAUCCUCACCUGUCCGUCCAACCUGGGCACAGGGCUGCGUGCCGGCGUCCACAUCAACCUGCCGCGCCUCAGCAAGGACCCUCGGUUCUCCAAGAUUCUGGAGAACCUGCGUCUGCAGAAGAGGGGGACGGGGGGAGUGGACACGGCAGCAGUGGGCAGCACGUUCGACAUCUCCAACCUGGACCGCCUGGGCCAGUCAGAGGUCCAACUGGUGCAGACAGUGAUUGACGGCGUGAACUACCUGAUCGAGUGCGAGAAGAAGCUGGAGAAGGGCCAGGACAUCCGCGUCCCUCCUCCCCUCACCUACAAGUAAAGAGUGCUGACCGCCCGGUUUCCCAGCCGUCCCUCCUCCCACCUUCCAGUAGUGGUCAAUCGACUUACCACAAUUAAUAGUGUAGUUAUGGGAAGGUAUCCCACCCUAAACCAUUACAAAGCAACACCCCACACCACCCCUAGUCUUUCCCCACAGCAUGCCUUGUGUCGGUUGUGUUCUCCGAGCUUCCCACGCACAGAGUACUGGAGAAGUGAAUGUACUGUACUUAAUGAUUGUGUUACUGUGGCCUCAUUCAUCCAUGUGGCAGACAGCCAUACUUGAUCAAAUUUUACAAUAUGAAAUACUCAGUAAUAAUAAUAACCUUGGAUGUGAAUGCUUGCUCAGGUGAAAUCAAUAAUCAUAUCCAACUAUAUUAAUAAUUAUCAAUAUUUUUGCUGAAAUAUAUGUAGCUAAAUAAAUAAUGUGUACGAUUUA